CCCCAAAUCCAACCUCCGCGUCGACGUCCACGCCCCGCGUCCACCGUGGGCGCGGCUCUACGGCGCGCCAUGAUUUAGCCAUCACCGACCUCGCCAUCGGUCUUCGUUUUAGCCCUCGUUUUAGCCCAUUUCUCCCUUCGCCGCGCGCGUCGUCGCCGCGACCCGCAGACCGCGCCUCGCGCGCGCCAUGGUCUCCGCCGUCCACGGCGUCAUGAUCACCGCCGACGUCCCCAUCAAGCAGUACAUCCUCCACCUCAACGACGUCGCGCCCGCGGAGCGCAAGUUCGUCGUCGUCGACCUCGACGCGCGUCGCGUCCUCGUCCAGCCCGACGCCGUCGACGCGAUUCACCGCGAGAUCGAGGCGUUUCAGCAGUCCACGCAGUACGUCGCCCCCCUCGCGAGCGCCAAGCCGUAGCGGACGCUCGCUUGUAACUCCGCGCGCCGUCCGUCGCGACGCCUCGUCGUUUCCCGCGCCGUCGUCGUCGAAUCGUCGUCGCGAAAAACGUCCCCUUCGCGUUCGCGCGUCGCCACUGAUCGCCUCGCGAGCGCAUGUCGCGCGCGGGCGAGCCGAUCGCGUGCAAGGCGGCGGUGGCGUUCGCGCCGCGCGAGCCGCUGCGAAUCGUCGACGUCGUCGUCGCGCCGCCGCAGGCGGGCGAAGUGCGAAUUAAAAUCGCGUACAACGCGCUGUGUCACACGGAUGCGUACACGCUCGGCGGACACGACUCGGAGGGGAAGUUUCCGUGCAUCCUGGGACACGAGGCGGCGGGGACGGUGGAAUCCGUCGGCGAGGGCGUGACGUCGUGUAAAGCGGGCGAUCGGGUGAUUCCGUGCUAUCAGGCGUACUGCGCGGACAUCGCGAAGGAGCCGUGCGCGCACUGCGUGCAUCCGAAAUCGAACCUGUGUCAGGCGGUGCGGGCGUACACGGGCGCGGGGGUGAUGAAGAACGACGGGAAGCCGAGAUUUACGCUCGCGAGCGACGGGUCGGAGAUUUUUCACUUCAUGGGAACGUCGACGUUUUCCGAGUACACGGUGGUGCACGAGGUGGCGGUGGCGCAGGUGGGGAACGACGAGGCGCCGUUGGAUAAGGUGUGCCUGCUGGGAUGCGGCGUGAGCACGGGGUGGGGGGCGGUGCAUAACACGGCGCGGGUCGAAGAGGGGAGCUCCGUGGCGGUGUUUGGUCUGGGCGCCGUCGGAUUGGCGUGCGUGGAGGCGGCUGUGGAGGCGGGCGCGACGCGCAUCAUCGCUGUCGACACCAACGACGAAAAGGAAGCCGUGGCGCGCGAGUUCGGCGCCACGGAUUUUGUGAACCCGACAAAGUUUGGCGAUAAAAAUUCACAAACUGUCAUCGCGGAGAUGACGGACGGUGGAGUGGAUUAUUCGUUCGAAUGCGUCGGAAACGUCAACGUCAUGCGAAGCGCUUUGGAAUGCUGCCGCAAGGGGUGGGGGACUUCCGUCAUCGUCGGCGUCGCCGCCGCGGGCACGGAAAUCUCAACCAGACCAUUCCAACUCGUCACCGGUCGCACGUGGAAAGGUACCGCUUUCGGCGGGUACAAGAGCCGCAUCGCCGUGCCGAAACUGGUCGAAAAGUACAUGGGCGGAAACACGAAACUCGACAGAUACAUCACGCACCGCAUGAAGUUUGAUCAAAUCAACGAAGCGUUCGAGCUGUUGCACGAAGGCAAGUGCUUACGAUGCGUGUUGAGCUUCGAUUAA